AUGGCGCUCUGUGGAGUAGGAGAGAGCACAGGGAAUUUCCUAGGUCAUGCUCUCGCCGGAUCCUUCUUGAUUAUCUUGGGUCUUUGGUGGAAUUCGACGGAUAUUCUGAGGUAUGUUUGCAAAAAGGAAAAGCAGACUUACCAUCAUUUUAAAGCAUGGAUUCAUCGAGCAGAACUUUUGGGUGGAAUUAUAGUAAUUGUCCUGGUUUCAGUCGGCAUAACUGGCCUACAGUUAUAUGCUGGUCACUCAGAGACCCAGUUGUCGCGGCUCCUGCGCUUACAACACAUAGUUAUGUAUGUCUUCUAUGGGCUGCUUGGUGUGGUGAGAAUCUUGAACAGUAUCAUUCAUUCAUUUUCGGUCUCCUUAACCACGCUGGCAUUGUCAAAUGCCUUCUUUUUACAGUCUUUUGUCUUGUACAACCACGAUCGUGUCGGGGCCAUAGUGGAAGUUUAUUUGCACAAAAUACUGGGCCUCAUCACCAUUUCAUCAGGCCUGGUUUCCUUCUCGGAGGUCAUCACAAACAAUAACUUAACUUUGGGGCUGCUGCGGUCAAGUCUCACACUACUUCAAGGGACCUGGUUCUGGCAGAUAGGUUGUGUUUUAUAUUACCCGAGAGAACAUCUUGAAUGGGAUCUGAUGGAUCAUCACAACAACACUCUUCUUUCCAUAUACUUUUGUUGGCAUUGUUUACUUACCCAUAUCAUCAUUGGAGUGAAUUAUGCUGCUAUCAGCUGGUUGGUGAAAUGGAGACUUAGGAAGAUCUGCUUCACAAAAGUUCCACUCCUGAAACAGACUGAGCAAGACUCAGACGAGAUGUGAGCUUGAUGGAAAGCCAUUCUCUCUACACAACCUUUUCUUUAUUGUCAUCAGCGCUGCUUUCAUUUUGCUUUUAACCUGAAUUCCACGCACAAGGGACCUGUACUGCUUAUUGCUCCAAGUUUGUUAAAGUACUUAAAUGUAACUGUUUUAUUUUUAUCUUUGAAAGUACUUUUGGUGACAAGUUUAUUUCACACACACAGUAUUA